AUGUACAAAUACCCUGCUCCAGCAUUUGGCGCGGCUUCGUUUGCCGCUGCUGCUCCCGCUGCCGCUGUCGAGGCAACUCCGACAACUCCGACAGUUCAAGACCUCGAUGCGCAGAGCAAAGCCACCAAUACCAUCAGGGGUUUUGCUUUUCGUGAGGGGUUUAGAAUGCCAGUGAAGGAGCUGGCGAUGAAGUCAGCAUCAAACUUGCAAACGUCGUCACUGCAAGAGCUCGGACGUCUUGCCGCAUCUUCGUCUCCCUAUAACAAUGUGCCCGAACGCUUGAAGACACAGAUGAUGAAAGAUCUUGCAACCAAAUCUACGUCCGUCUUUGUUCUCAGCCCGGACGGGAAAUACUAUCAAGAACCUAUGGCGGAACCAGGCUGGCUGUCUCUCGAUAAGCUUCUUCUUUCCGAACAAGAAGCUCAACUCAGCAAAGAGAGAUACUCCGCUCAAGUGAAGGCAUUGGGCAUCAGGAGCUCAGAUCGGUUGAUCAAACUCCUAAAGACUGCAAGCGAUGACUGCAGUAAAUACGUCAAAAUUCGAGAGAUUUUCGGGCAUGGUAUCGGCAAAUAUCACCCAAACCAGCUUGUCGCCAAAAAGUACAUGCCAGCCGACGGCUUGUGUGAGAAAGAGCUUCUCUACAAAUUUGCUCUGAAGAUCUCUAAUCUACAGGAGCUCUACCGGAUGAAGAAGCUAACUAUGGACCCUUAUGACUUUUACCGAUGGGCUAUCUGCAAGAAUCUAAAGUCCGAUCUACACAGUGCCCUGGAUAAUUCUCGAAAAAUGUUGAAAGGGAUUAUUCGCACCAUGGGCGAUGACGGUGGGCAGGCGGACCAGGGAUUCCGCACUAUUGUCCUCUACUGGGCAUCUCUUACUGGCAAUGAGAGAAAGUUCGGCAAGAACAAAGCAUGUCGAGUCAGAAAACUCGGAAGGCCAUCGAAUCCAAAGACAGGAAAGCUGGCAUCAUCUGCCAACCACGAAAAAGUAGAUGUCAAAGGUCGCGAGCUAGCGCAUGAAAUUUCGCACUCGAAGGAGCGAGCUAGGAAGCGUCGCCAGCUGACUGAUCGAGAGGCAAAUCGGCCAAAGAUAUACGGAGGAGUAAACGCGCACAGGGCUGAGAGGGGUAUAUCGAAGUGA